AAGUAAAUUGUUCACACUUGGGCUCCGUACCUUAAAAGUGGUAGAGGAGAGAACUCAAAACUGUCUGACGCCCAAACUCUCACUCUUUCUAAUACUCAGUAUAAAGUAGAGAAGCUUUCUGGCAGGCCUGCCGGCAACCACGCCCCGAGCUCUCCCUAGUGUUUCCUCUAACUUCCACUUGCAUUAACUCACUUCUGGUUCCCAGCUGGAGAGCGGAUUGCACCUGCUCAGAAGGCCAGCGGGAGCCCCGUCUCCCCCGCAGCUCAGCCUUGGUUGCUUGUGCACGGACAGGAGUGCCCACCAGGGGGCACUGCAGCCUCGGAGCUGCGGUGCCUGCCCGUCCUGGACAGAGCCAGUGGCGCGGAGGGCGUGGGACCGGGAGCGUCGAGCGCCGGGGUCCGCGCGGAGCCGCGCCCUGCCCCUUCCUAGAGCACGCCCCAGAUCUCCCGGGAAACCGCUACAGCGAAGAGAGCCCGGGCCGGGGCCGCGAGGCGGGCCGGGGCCGCGAGGCGGACCGCUCCCGCGCCGCGCGGUUCCCGUGCGGACCUUCCAGCACCUCGCCAUUUGACCAUCUCUGCUCCGCCCUCCAUCCCCAGCCGAGACCCCGCCCCAGAAGGGGCGCCCCCGUCGCGGCCACUGGGUCCCGGCUUGGCUCCCGGGCCUCUCGCAGGCACCCAGGCCCGGCCCGGCGGCACCUGGGCCGCUGCCGCCCGGGGCGCCACCCCUCGCAGCGCCGAGAUAACUUUCCCGGGAGCCGCCGCGGCCUGGCGCGCCCCGGGGCACACCCCGCUCGCCCGCCGGCCGCGUUCCCAGCCGGGCCGCCGGCUCCUCCGCUCACCGGUCUCCCGACCGCCCGCUUCUCCGAAUCUCCUGGAGGAGCAGCACUCCGCCGCCCGGGCAGGGGGCUCUGGGAGGGAGAGCUUCAAGUUGGCCACCCGUGAUGAACUCGGGGAUCCCCAGACGGCAGCUGUGCCCCGCGACGAUCUGACCUCCACUCGUCGGUCGCGGGCUGCGGGAGGGGCCGCGGCGCCCCCGCCUUCGGAGGAGCCGGAGCCGCAGGAUGCGCGGGGACUCGCCGCCGCCCUCCGCGCCCAGUUCCGCCGGCGCUUCCCCGGCCGCUCCCGGGCGCUGACGCGUUCGCGGGCUUCCCCGCCCUCCUUACCUUCCGUCCGCGCCGCUCCGGACCCCGCCGGUGACUGGUGCUCUCGGCGUCGCCGCGGCGCGGGCGGUCCGUUCAUGCCUCGCGUUUGAGGGCAGGGGGUGGCCCAGCGGCUGGGUCGCAGCUUUCUCCGCUGGCCGAGGCCCGCCGCAGGAGACAUGGGCUGUUUCUGCGCGGUUCCGGAAGAAUUCUAUUGCGAAGUGUUGCUUCUGAAUGAAUCCAAGUUAACUCUCACAACCCAGCAACAGGGCAUCAAGAAGUCAACGAAAGGGUCCGUUGUCCUUGAACACGUGUUUCGUCACAUAAACCUUGUGGAGGUGGACUAUUUUGGACUGCGUUACUGUGACAGAAACCACCAAACGUAUUGGCUGGAUCCUGCGAAAACCCUGUCUGAACACAAAGAACUGAUCAACACUGGACCUCCAUAUACUUUGUAUUUUGGUAUUAAAUUCUAUGCCGAAGAUCCAUGUAAACUUAAAGAAGAAAUAACCAGGUAUCAGUUUUUCUUGCAGGUGAAGCAAGAUGUCCUUCAGGGCCGGCUGCCCUGCCCCAUUAACACUGCUGCUCAACUGGGAGCCUAUGCCAUCCAGGCUGAACUUGGAGAUUAUGAUCCAUAUAAACAUACUGCAGGCUAUGUGUCAGAGUACCGAUUUGUUCCUGAUCAAAAGGAAGAACUUGAAGAAGCUAUAGAAAGGAUUCAUAAGACUCUAAUGGGUCAGGCUCCUUCUGAAGCAGAGCUGAAUUACUUGAGGACUGCCAAAUCCCUGGAGAUGUACGGUGUUGACCUCCAUCCUGUCUAUGGAGAAAACAAAUCUGAGUAUUUUUUAGGAUUAACUCCGGUCGGUGUUGUUGUCUAUAAGAAUAAAAAACAAGUGGGAAAGUAUUUCUGGCCUCGGAUUACAAAGGUUCACUUCAAGGAGACCCAGUUUGAACUCAGAGUACUGGGAAAAGACUGCAGUGAAACCUCAUUCUUUUUUGAAGCUCGAAGUAAAACUGCUUGCAAGCAUCUUUGGAAAUGUAGUGUAGAAUAUCACACAUUUUUUAGAAUGCCAGAAAAUGAAUCAAAUUCAUUGUCAAGAAAACUCAGCAAGUUUGGAUCCAUGAGUUAUAAGCACCGGUAUAGUGGCAGGACAGCACUACAGAUGAGUCGAGAUCUUUCUAUUCAACUUCCCCGGCCUGAUCAGAAUGUGUCAAGAAGUCGAAGCAAGACUUACCCUAAGAGAAUAGCACAAACACAGCCAGCUGGAUCAAACAGCAUGAAUCGGGUCACUGCGAAUAUGGAGAAUGGAGAAAAUGAAGGAACAACUAAAAUUAUCGCACCUUCACCAAUAAAAAGCAAGAACCAGCCCUUUAAGAAAGCAAAGAAUGAAAACAGCCCUGAUACCCAGAGAAGUAAAUCUCAUGCACCGUGGGAAGAAAACGGCCCCCAGAGCGGACUCUAUAACUCCCCCAACGACCGCACGAAAUCCCCCAAGUUCCCUUACACACGCCGCCGAAACCCCUCAUGUGGGAGCGACAAUGACUCUGUGCAGCCCACCAGGAGGAGGAAAGCCCAUAACAGUGGUGAAGAUUCAGAUCUAAAGCAAAGGAGGAGGUCACGCUCACGCUGUAACACAAGCAGCGGUAGUGAAUCAGAAAAUUCUAACAGAGAGCACCGGAAAAAGAGAAACAGAAUACGGCAGGAGAAUGAUAUGGUUGAUUCGGCGCCACAGUGGGAAGCUGUAUUAAGGAGACAAAAGGAGAAAAACCAGGCGGACCCGAACAAUAGACGAUCCAGACACAGAUCUCGCUCGAGAAGUCCCGAUAUCCAAGCGAAAGAAGAGCUAUGGAAGCAUAUCCAAAAGGAGCUUGUGGAUCCAUCUGGACUGUCAGAAGAACAAUUAAAAGAGAUUCCAUACACUAAAAUAGAGACUCAAGGUGACCCAGUCCGCAUCCGGCAUUCUCAUUCACCGAGAAGCCACCGCCAGCAUCGCAGGUCCCAGUGCUCAGAUGGAGAGCGGUCCGUGCUCUCAGAAGUGAAUUCAAAAACCGACCUUGUACCUCCACUUCCCGUGACCCGUUCUUCAGAUGCUCAGGGUUCUGGUGGCUCCACAGUUCAUCAGAGAAGAAACGGGUCAAAGAUAGCCUGAUUGAAGAAAAAUCUCAGACAUCUACAAGCAAUAUGGCUGGAAAACACACAGCAAAAACAAUAAAAACUAUCCAAGCUUCACGCCUCAAGACAGAGACUUAAUCCCAGUGGGCUUGGGGUGGGGGUGGGGAGGGCAUGUGGUGCCACCUUUACUUUGAAGCUGUGAAUUAUGAUCAUUGAGAUAUCUUGGACCUGCAGAAAUGUUUCUUCAGAAGAAAGUAAGGGAGUCUGUUGCGUCUUUUAAAGGCCUAAGGGCCUUUUUCUUUGGUAACUGGAAAGAUAGUAGUCUUAUAAAACCUUUUCCAUUUGAUGCCAUGUUUACCUUCCAGAAACUCCCAAGCAUCUUGUCUGCCACCAUCAAGACCAGAGGCUUCAGAUCAAAGUUCUGGAAGCCUGGACUGUGGCCAGGUAGCUAUGCAGCAGUGCACUAAGGGGAAUGAAAAGAUUCUUCCCUGCUCUAGGUGGAUCUCUGCCUGUGCACAAAUGCGAGACUUAGAGAUCACUUUCACACUGCAGAUAUUUUUAUUCACAUUAAUGUUCUUUGUAAUACUGUAUUUUGUGGCAUUAAGUUUCAUUGGCUAUUUGCAAAUGUUAAAAAAAAAGUGCUGCUUU